AUGGCCUUGAAGCUUCAGGGGGAUGUGGCCAACGCGGAAUGGGCAUGCAAGAAAGGCAUAGCUCUUACGAUAUACGGCACUUGGUACUUCUUUGGUCGCCAUAUAGGAAUUGCCGAUGAGUCCUCUUGGGAAAUGAGGCGGCCAUAUUUGCCGCUGGACGACACAAUGAAGAAGUGGGCAUUGGAGACCCUAGGUGUGCCUGAUGCCACCGAGAAGCAAAGACUAUGGAAAAACUAG